AACCCUUGAAUGAGUAGGUGUGUCCAAACUCUUGACUGGUACUGUAUAUACAUACAUUUUUUUAUUAAAAAAGACAAAAGCAUCCACUGAAAGUGACUUUUAGUCCAAGAUCUGUGUCAGGGAAAAGGCUAUAUGCAUCACAACAUUGUGUCUCUUUGGGUCUCUGACAGAUUAAUCUGAUAGCGCCGCCGCGCUACGUCAUGACCACCACCACACUGGAGCGCACAGAGGGUCUCUCUGUCCUCAACCAGGCCAUGGCUGCCAUCAAAGAGAAGAUUGAGGAGAAGCGAGGAGUGUUUAACAUCCAGAUGGAGGCGAAGGUUGUGACCGACAUAGAUGAGACAGAGCUGGCCCGCCAGCUGGAGCAACUGGAGAGAGAGAACGCUGAGGUGGACGGAGAUGACGAGGAUGGAGAGAUGGAGGCCAAGGCAGAGGACUAAACUAGAUGAAGAACUGAGGGAUUGGAUACAAUGACGAGACCAACUAUACAUAUGCAGUCCAGAGCAUGUAUUCAUAAAGCAUCUCAGAGUAGGAGUGCUGGUCUAGGAUCAGCCCACCCCCCCCCCCAUAUGUAAUCUUAUGCAUAAUGAUCUAAAAGGCUAAACUUAUCCUAGAUCAGAACUCCUAUUUUGAGAUAUUUCAUGAAUACAGGCCUUGUCUGAUGAGAUGACGAACUUCAUAUCAAAUCAAGCAUUCUAGAACGUCUCUCCAACUGAACCCUUUGGAUCAGUAGCAGGGACCCUCUCAGGGAGACUGAUAGAGAGAUGGCUACAGGCACUGACUGUCAUACUGCCAAACAGGGCUGGGAAAGGCCUCUGUGAUUAUACCAAUGGACACAAUAACAACUGAAUAUGAUCACUGAACCCUAGCUGUUUGAAUUGCAUAAGAACGGGUGGGUUGGGGUAGGAUUAGCCUUUUUGUGCUGUAGCCAACUCCUCUCUGUGUGGAAGAGUUGGAUACAGCACAUAUAAUACAAAAUGGGACACGGCUUGGGUUGGUGGGGUGGUAGCCUGGUCCCGUGCUGAAUGUUCUUUAACCAACUCUUUGUGACACAUGCAGUA